AUGUCUGCUAAGCAAUUUUACCUUCUCGGAGAGCCCCUCUCCACCGUCAAGAACAUUGAUGUCGAUCCCAGCUCUGAUUUGGUUUCACUCAAGGACUUGAUCGCUGCUCACUUCGCUAUCGUCGAGCCCACAGGUAUCUCUUUCCAGGUUCAAGAUGCCGAGGUCAGCGAGGUUUCAGAUAUCGUUGCUGCUACCGCUCCCGUAGCCAUCGCCAUUGAUGGCCGCGCCGUUCGUGAGGCUCCCGGUCCCACGGGUCUUCCUAUGGUCGGAAGUUUCUUCGAGGUCUACCCUGACCACCUUGGCAACCACCAGCGUCUCUUCGAGCAAUACGGUCCCGUCAUCAAGACUACCAACCUGGGCCGAACCAUCUACCAGACCAAUGACCCCGAGAUUUCCGCCAUCGCCUUGACCGAGUCCGACUUUUUCACAAAGGAGAUCAACGCCGCUCACCCUCUUGCUGCCUUGAAGCAGACUGAGGCCGUGGAGACAGGCACACAAGUUCUUGCCCCCGCUCUUGGCCCCAAGGCUGUCCGUCACUAUGCUCCUACCAUGCAAAAGUCCGUCGAGGAUGCCUUCAAGGUUUUCGAUCACUUCGAUGAGGAGGGUGAGGCAUGGAACGUUUACCAGCACAUGCUGAAGCUCGGCUCCCAAGCCGUUGGCAAGCUCACUCUGGGUCUUGAUUUCGAACACUUCAACUCCCCCGAUCAACCACUACACGAGAUGGUCGAGUUGAUCGCCGAGAUGCUUUCUCUUAACAAGAAGGUCACAUCUAAGGGAGAUUGGUAUGCCAAUCUGCCCUUCGGUGAUCCCAAGCACCUUAAGGAUAUUAAGGCCAGAAUCGUGGAGAUGGUCGAUGAAUCUAUCCAGAAGGCCGCUCGUGGUGGUAUCGAGGAUCUUCCUCUACAAGAUGCUGCUCUGAUCGCAUCAAACAUGGUCGACUACGCCAUUCGUGCUACCGAUAACAAGGGCGAGAAGCUCCCCAAGGAAAGCUUGGUCUGGUCAUUGAUCGUCGCCACCGCCGCCGGCUUCACCACCACCAGCUCCCUCCUUUCAUGGCUCAUCUACGGUUUCGUCACUUACCCCGGCAUGCAAGACCGUCUCCUCCAAGAACUCAUCGACCACGGUUUCGACGAGAACACCGAAAUGACUGCCGAUCUCACCGACCAGCUCGACUUCCUCGACAAGUACAUCAAGGAGACCCAGCGCCGCCACAACCCCAGUUUCCAGCCCGGCCGCACAGCCAAGGUCGACCUCAUCCUUCCCGGAGGAUACAAGAUCGCCAAGGAUUCCGUCAUCAUCCCGGCUCUCCACCACAUUCACAACAACCCCGAUAUCUGGGAUAACCCCGCCAUCUUCAACCCCGACCGUUGGGACACCGAGGCAGUCAAGAACCGCCACAAGGCCGCUUAUAUUCCCUUCGCUAUGGGCUCCCGCAUGUGCAUCGGUUUCAACUUUGCCUUGCAGGAGAUCAAGGUCUUCCUGCCCAAGCUUCUUUACCGCUAUAAGUUCACUCGUGAGGGCGACGAUCCUAUCCAGUACGAUCCUAUGUUCCAGUUGAUUCGCCCCAAUAACCUCUACGUCCGCGCUGAGCGCCGCGUGAAGUGGCCUCCCAGGUCCGAGGCUGCCGCGGAGAACUGA